CGCACUCACGCACCGUGACGUCAUCACUGCACGUCCUGCCGCAUCGGUUUAAUCUGAUGUUAUGAUGGAUAAACACUACAAAUCAUCACUGCAUCUUUAAUUUAUUACACAAACAGCGUUAUGGCGGAGGCAGAGGGCAUCAGCAGUGCCACUCCUACAGAGGAGAUGAACGACGCUGGGAACCUGAUGGACUUCUUGGACGAGCCGUUCCCAGACGUUGGCACUUACGAGGACUUUCACACCAUCGACUGGCUGAGAGAGAAAUCCAGAGACACGGACAGACACCGGAAGAUCACCAGUAAGAGUAAAGAGUCCAUCUGGGAGUUCAUUAAGAGUUUGCUGGACGCCUGGUCAGGAUGGCUGGUGAUGCUGCUGAUUGGUCUGCUGUCAGGCACGCUGGCCGGAGUGAUCGAUCUGGCUGUUGAUUGGAUGACAGAUUUGAAGGAAGGCGUGUGUCUGUCUGCGCUCUGGUACAGUCAUGAGCAGUGCUGCUGGACGUCCAAUGAGACCACCUUCGCUGACAGAGACAAAUGUCCUCAGUGGCAGAAAUGGGCCGAACUGAUGACGGGAUACACGGAGGGCGCAGGCGUGUACUUGCUGAACUACUUCCUGUACGUGCUGUGGGCGCUCUUCUUCUCCUUCCUGGCCGUGUCUCUGGUGCGAGUGUUCGCUCCGUACGCCUGCGGAUCAGGAAUACCAGAGAUAAAGACGAUCCUGAGCGGCUUCAUCAUCCGCGGGUAUCUGGGCAAGUGGACGCUGCUCAUAAAGACGGUGACGCUGGUGCUGGCCGUGUCGUCUGGCCUCAGUCUGGGGAAGGAAGGGCCUCUCGUGCACGUCGCCUGCUGCUGCGGAAACCUGUUCUGCAGCCUCUUCUCCAAAUACAGCAAGAACGAGGGCAAACGCAGAGAGGUUUUGUCGGCAGCUGCGGCCGCAGGAGUGUCUGUUGCGUUCGGAGCUCCAAUCGGAGGAGUUCUGUUCAGUCUGGAGGAGGUGAGUUAUUAUUUCCCUCUGAAGACGUUAUGGCGGUCUUUUUUCGCGGCGCUGGUGGCAGCUUUCACGCUGCGCUCCAUAAACCCGUUCGGCAACAACCGUCUGGUUCUGUUUUACGUGGAGUAUCACACGCCAUGGUACAUGGCCGAGCUGGUGCCGUUCAUCCUGCUGGGUGUGUUCGGGGGCCUCUGGGGGACGCUCUUCAUCCGCUGCAACAUCGCCUGGUGCCGGCGGCGCAAGACCACGCUGCUGGGAAAGUAUCCGGUGCUGGAGGUGAUCGUGGUGACGGGGAUCACGGCCGUCCUGGCCUUCCCGAACCCGUACACACGGCGUAGCACCAGCGAGCUGAUCUCCGAGCUGUUUAAUGACUGCGGCUCGCUCGAGUCCUCACAGCUCUGUGACUACAUCAACAACCCCAACAUGAGCCGACCCGUGGACGACAUCCCCGACAGACCCGCCGGCCCCGGCGUCUACAGCGCCCUCUGGCAGCUUGCGCUGGCACUCGUCUUCAAGAUCGUCAUCACCAUCUUCACAUUCGGCAUGAAGAUCCCGUCGGGUCUGUUCAUCCCCAGUAUGGCAGUGGGUGCCAUCGCCGGCCGUAUCGUGGGCAUCGCGGUGGAGCAGAUGGCUUAUCAUCAUCACGACUGGAUCAUCUUUAAGAACUGGUGUCGUCCUGGCGCAGACUGCGUCACUCCGGGUCUGUACGCCAUGGUUGGCGCCGCCGCGUGUUUGGGUGAGACGCUCCAGAUCCAGAAUCACUGAAUUGCUGAUGUAGAUUAUGAACUUUAUCUCUGAUCAGACAUGUUUUUAGGGGGUACCUACAUAAAAUCAGACA